AUGGUGGGCCGCAACACCAUCAGGUCGCGGGGCCGUAAGGAUAGGGAAGAGAUAGAAGUAGCUCUUGUAGAAGGGCCGCAGUUUGAGAGAGUAUCUUGGACGAAGGAGCCGCACUUGAGAAAGCUUUACGCUUGGGCCGUGAUCUUGAUAUUGGGCAGCGUAACGACAGGGUACGAUGGCAUGUUGGUCAACACAUCGCAGCAAAUCGAUCGUUGGAAGGAGUUCUUCCCCCGGACCCAGGUCGGACCUAACAACCCGCAGGCUGUUGCCGACAGUUGGUUGGGACUUCUGGUGAACAUAUUCAACAUUGGAAGUGUCAUCAGCUUCUUCAUAACUCCAUAUGUCGCCGAUCACUGGGGCCGCAAGACUGCCAUAGCUAUCGGGUGCGCCAUUAUGAUUUCAGGCGGCGUCGUAUCUGCAUUUUGUACACAAUACGAAAUGUACGUCGCGGGACGAUUUCUGCUCGGUUUUGGGAAUAGUCUUGCGCAGAUGGCAUCCCCUCUGCUUCUAACGGAGAUAUGUCACCCCCAACAUCGUGGGCCAGUCACAGCAGUAUACAAUUGUUUGUGGAAUCUAGGAGCGCUCAUGGUAGCAUGGAUAGGCUGGGGCACAGCGCGAAUGAGCAAUGACUGGGCAUGGCGUUCUAUCACACUCGUACAAAUCUUACCAUCCCUCAUUCAGAUCAUGUUCAUCUACUGGAUCCCAGAGAGUCCACGGUACCUCAUGUCCAAGGACCGACACCGUGAGGCCCUCGACAUACUGGCAAAGUAUCACGCGGGUGGGCGGAGACACGACCUCCUCGUGCAAUUUGAAUAUCGCGAGAUCAAGGAGACACUUAAGAUCGAACAGCAAUUAGAACGCUCGGCGGGUUACCUCGAUUUCGUCCGCACUAAGGGAAACCGAUGGCGUCUCGCCAUCCUCAUCUCUCUUGGCGUCAUAUCGCAGUACAGCGGUAACGCUCUGUUCUCCAACUACAUUGACACCGUCUAUGAGGGAGCCGGUAUCACCGACCAAAACAAGAAGCUCGCGAUAAGCGGAGGCAAGACGAUCUUGGACUUGUUCGUCACGGUAAUAGCCGCCCUCAAUGUUGACAGGUUCGGUCGUCGUCCGCUGUUCCUUGUUUCCAUAUCAGGCAUGGUUAUCUCAUUCGCAAGCUGGACGGUUUGCGGUGCCAUUUAUGAAAACUCUGCGAUGCACAAUGCCACGGCGGGUUGGGCCCAACUCGUCUUUAUUUGGCUUUUCGGUAUCUCGUAUGAUAUUGGCUUCUCAGGCAUGCUUAUUGCCUACGCCCUCGAAGUCUUGCCGUUCAAGUUACGUGCCAAGGGUAUGAUGCUCAUGAACAUCACUGUGCAGGCUGUACUAGCACUCAGCAAUCAGACGAACAAGAUCGCCUGGAAUAGGUUGCCAAAACACUGGUACUUUAUGUUAUUCUAUACCGCAUGGGAUUUCCUCGAGCUAUGCUUCGUGUACUUCUUCUACGUGGAGACCAAGGGGCCCACGCUCGAAGAAAUUGCCCGCAUAUUUGACGGCAGGGACGCAGUCGCUAACAUUAACAUUCAACAAGUACAAAAGGAAAUCCAGCAUGCCGAGAAGGAGGAAGACGUCCCGGAUGACCGGCCAUACCCGGGUGCAUUUUAG